AAGGGGUAGCAGGCCAUGGCGGCGGCGGCGGCGGCGGCGGCGGCUGUGGCGGGUUGGCUGGGCUGGGUGCUUGCCGCGCUCUGUCUGGGCAGCACCGCGGGGGAGGCGGCGCCGGGAGCGGGACUGCUGGGCUUCUGCAUGGAGGACAGCGCGCCGGGCGCAGGCUCACUGCGCGGAAGGGCAGCGCCGGAGGCCACUUUCUGCUUGCGACUCUUCUGCUCGGGCUUAGCCAACAGCUCCUGGACCUGGGUGGCCCCGGAGGGCGCAGGCUGCCCCGAGGGCGGGCGGGCCACGGAGCCCGAGGAGACGGCCGCCCCCACGGGCGAGUGGCGUGCGCUGCUGCGCCUGCGCGCCGAGGCCGGGCACCCGCGCUCCGCGCUGCUGGCGGUGCGCGUGGAGCCGGGUGGAGGAGCAGCCGAGGAGGGGGCGCCACCCUGGGCGCUGGGGCUGGGGGCGGCCGGGUUGCUGGCCCUGGCGGCCGUGGCGCGCGGCCUGCAGCUGAGCGCGCUGGCGCUGGCGCCGGCCGAGGUGCAGGUGCUGCGCGAGAGCGGCUCGGAGGCGGAGCGCGCGGCUGCGCGGCGCCUCGAACCCGCGCGGCGAUGGGCCGGCUGCGCCCUGGGCGCGCUGCUGCUGCUGGCCAGCCUGGCGCAGGCGGCACUGGCGGUGCUGCUGUACCGAGUGGCCGGCCAGCGCGCCGUGCCCGCCGUGCUGGGAUGCGCGGGGCUGGUGUUUCUGGUGGGCGAGGUGCUGCCGGUCGCCGUGAGCGGCCGCUGGGCGCUGGCGCUGGCGCCGCGCGCGCUGGGCCUCAGCCGCCUGGCGGUACUGCUUACCUUGCCCGUGGCGCUGCCAGUGGGGCAGCUGCUGGAGCUGGCAGCGCGGCCGGGGCGUCUGCGUGAGCGCGUGCUGGAGCUGGCGCGCGGCGGCGGCGACCCCUACAGCGAUCUCAGCAAGGGUGUCCUGCGCUACCGGACCGUGGAGGACGUGCUCACGCCCCUCGAAGACUGCUUUAUGCUGGAUUCGGGCGCUGUCCUGGACUUCAGCGUCCUCGCCAGUAUCAUGCAGAGCGGCCACACGCGCAUCCCGGUGUACGAGGAGGAGCGUUCCAACAUCGUGGACAUUCUGUACCUCAAAGACUUGGCCUUCGUGGACCCCGAGGACUGCACGCCGCUCAGCACCAUCACUCGCUUCUACAACCAUCCACUCCACUUCGUCUUCAACGACACCAAAUUGGACGCUGUCCUGGAGGAGUUUAAGCGAGGGAAGUCCCACCUGGCCAUUGUGCAGAGGGUGAACAAUGAAGGUGAGGGUGACCCCUUCUACGAGGUGCUGGGCCUGGUCACCCUGGAGGACGUCAUUGAGGAGAUCAUCAGGUCUGAGAUCCUGGAUGAGUCUGAAGACUACCACGCCAGGGUGAGGAAGAAGACUGUUGCCCUGAGCACCCCUCUCAAGCGGAAGGAGGAAUUCUCCUUAUUCAAGGUGUCUGAUGAUGAAUAUAAAGUAAAAAUCUCACCUCAGCUGCUCCUGGCCACCCAGCGCUUCCUUUCCCGAGAGGUGGAUGUGUUCAGCCCAUUGCGAAUCUCCGAGAAAGUCUUGCUGCAUCUGCUGAAGCAUCCCAGUGUCAACCAGGAGGUGAAGUUUGAUGAGAGCAACCGCCUGGCCGCACACCAUUACUUGUACCAGCGCAGCCAGCCGGUGGACUACUUCAUUCUCAUCCUGCAGGGCAGGGUCGAGGUGGAAAUUGGGAAAGAGGGCCUGAAGUUUGAGAACGGGGCCUUCACAUACUAUGGAGUGUCUGCCCUGGCAGCUCCAUCUUCAGCUCACCAGUCCCCAGUGUCUUCACGCCAGCUCAUCCGCCAUGACCCACUGCCUGAACCAGCUGAGAGUAGCCGCCCCUCCACGUACUGUCCUGACUACACCGUGAGGGCCCUUUCUGACCUGCAGCUCAUUAAGGUCACACGGCUGCAGUACCUUAAUGCCCUCCUGGCUUCCCGAGCCCAAAGCUUGCCUCCAUCCCCAGAGAAUGCUGAGCUCCAGGCCAUCCCAGGCAGCCAGACCAGGCUUCUUGGUGACAAGUCCACCGAGACAGCAGCCUUCCCAGUAGACCUUUCCCUCUUUGGCACAUUUGGAAACUGCAGUUGAUAAAUGACUGUGGACUAGUGAGCAUUUUUUGUUUUAAGAAAACACCAAGGGUCCAGCAACAGCAGACCUGGCGUCCCAGUGGAGGCGAGCCCUGGGCAGAACCCAGGAGUGUGACUGCUUGCCAGGCAGCCCCGAGCUGGAAAUGGACAAGCGUGUGGGGAGCUGGGGAGAGCUAAGCAGGAGCGUCAUGCCAGCCUAUCCCCAACCUAUUCUGGCCACGUUUUAGAUGGCCAUUAUAAGAUGUGGGUCCUGGGCCUCCUGAGUGCUAGAGCCUUCAGCUGGCCCUGCCUUCCCUUAGGAGAUGGGAUUGGCAGAGUGGUCCUCCAGUAGAAGCCUGUUUCUGGGGGGAUGAAAGGAACAGCAUCAUCUCUAGUCCCAGGGUCCAGCUUGUCCCCUGCGACUGUCACAGCAGUGUCUGUACCUCCCUGAACCAGGUGCCACAUGGAUGGGUGCAGUUACUGCCUUUACAUGGCCUUGGCCUGUCUCCCUUUGCUUUUGAUUGGCCAACCCUCUGUUGCUGGUUCACUUUAUGAGCAAACCAAGAGUGCUGGCUGUAAAUGAAGAUUCAAAUCUAUGACCCUGUCAUGCACUUUUUGGCUUCCCUUACAAUGCCAUAUUUUCAUUCAUGCACUCCAGUUUUUUUUUUUCAUGUGCCAAAUCUAAAAGCACGGUUCCCCAAUAAGUCUGUGCCUAGUCCUGCUCCCUCCACAGGAGGUAGCUUCUCUGGCUCCUUCUGAAGUCAUGAGCAGGCCGCCCAGUGACACGGGAAGCCUGCCCAGCAUGGCCGGUCAUCAGCUUGUGUCUCUCUUCCGCCUGCCGGGUCAUGGGUGGGAAACCGAAAGUCAGGGUUGGGUACCUGCCUCGUAUUUGUGUCCAAGCCUCUGGGGAGAUGUGCAGCUAUGUCGUGUAGAGAGCAGCACAGGGAGGGUUGUUUGUAAACCUGGAACCUCCUUGUCACCUGCUGAGAAGUUGAGGUUUUCUUAUAUCUGAAAUAUUGCUGUUUCCAGUGACACUGCUGUAGAGGUGCAGGGAUGGAAAGCACUGGUUUUCUCUCCUACUUUACCUACAUUUUCCUUCCACAGUUUCAGCUCUGGGACAUAGAUUGGGGUGGGAAGGGAGGAUUUCUGGAACUUUCCUCAAAAGAAUGUGGGUCCUGGUAAGUGAGACUUGCAGGGCAAGAGAACAGUGUCAUGCUUGCUGAGAAAUAUUCCCAAGGAAUAUGCUCUAAUAACAAACUCAGGUUGGAGGCAAAUCAUUUCUCUCCAGAACAGAAUUCUGAAUUUUGGCUGCACCUCAGAAUCACCUGGCAAAUUAGAGCUUCGAGACUUAGGCCCUUCUGGGACAUCUGAUUUAGUCACCUUGAACACCAGGGUUAUGGUCUUGAGAUAGGUUUAGAUCCAUAGAAGAGUUCCAUGUGCCCUUUUCUCAGCUUCCCCUAACGUUAACGUGUUAAAUAACCUUGUUACAUUUAUCAAAAUUAAAAUGUUAACAUCGGUGCCAUACUAUUUAACUGGAGGCUUGAUUUGAAUUUUUCUGGUAAUGUCAAGGUAGGAUGCCAAAAUGCACUUAACAGCUAUUGUUUUCCUUUUUACCUUUGUAUUUUAUAGUAAUUGCAGAUUCAUACAAUUACAAAGAUGCAGAGUCCAUGCAUCCCUUAUCUGGUUUUCCUCAGUGGUCCUGUGUCACAAACUAUAAUGUCAUCUCAAAGCCUGGAGUGGUGCAGAUGGUACCUGGCCCCUACAUGGACCUGAGUAACUGCUACCCAAGUCUAACCCACGUCCUGUCACUACCAGGGUUCCCCCUGGACUGCCACUCAGAGACACCUGCCCCAUUACUAAGCCUUGGUAACUGCUAGACUGUUCCUUAUCUCUGUUGCGUUGUCAUUUCAAGAAUGUUGUUUGAGGGGUUGUGCAGUGUGUGGCCAUUUGGGGUUGACUUCUUCUCUGGGAUUGAUCCAGGUCAUUGUGUCGGUAGUUUGUUCCCUUUUCUUGCCAAGUGGUAUUCCAUGGUGUAUUCAUUGUCCUGUCAAAGGACACCUGGGUUGUUUCCAGUUUUUGGCCUUUUCCAAAUAAAGCUGCUAUGAACAUUCUUGUACAGA